GUAUCAUACAUAUAUACAUAUGUAUAUUAUUUGGAAAAACGUAUUUGUUUUCCUAUUAGUUUUCUAGGAGCUAUAAGAAAACUAUUUUUGCAGCAUAAGAAUUGCUGCAGUCAGUCGAGAUGUAUAGCGAAGCAGCAAAGCCGCUGGUGUUUGACGAUUAUGGACCCAAAUAUAAUGAUUUACCGAUGGAGAUUCUGGUGAAAAUAUUUGGAUAUCUAACUGCAGCUGAUCGGCUUGCCGCUGGAACGACCUGCAAACGAUGGCUGGAAGCUACGCAGUAUCAGCAGUUUGUGAACGACAUCUGUCUCAACUUCUAUAAAACUCAUUUCAGCGAUAGCUGCAGUCCGGUCUGUAACUUACUGGCAAGUACACGAACCUUUCAAAAUAUCGUGUUCUCCCAAGUGGAAUUCCAUGAAACGGAACAAUUUUUCACAUGCUUUGGUGAAAACAUCUUAGAACUAACAUUCAAAGCUUGUGAUAUUCGCGAAAGAACAUUCAACAGUAUACUUAUGCUUGUUCCCAAUCUUCGUGCACUUCGAGUCGAAGGAUGCAGAGAACUGCUAAUGUCCGGUCGGCUAUUCGAUUCGGUAAAACAAGACGACCUAGCACAAGCUUUGCAGAAUUUGACGACCCUGAGUUUGGCCUACAAUCGUUACCUUUCCGAUGCUCUGUUCAAGCGAAUCGUUUCACUGACGCCAAACCUUGUGAACCUCGAUCUUAGUGGAUGUCCCAUUUCGUUUCACAAAGGGCUGUAUCGGAAAUUUUACCCAAUCCAACUCGAUGACGCAUCCGAAAGUGUGCUGACUUUCCAUUACAUUUCCCAGUUCCUCGAGCGACAGGCAGAUAAAUUGAAGACAGUCAACUUCAGCUUGACGCUUAUCGAUGGUGAUUCAUUGGAAAUGCUUGCCGGGUUCAAAAACUUACGUUUAGACACGCUCGAUCUGAACUCAUGCGAUCAGCUAACUAAUUCCGGAAUUACUGCGCUCGCUCAACAGCAGACUUCGCUACAACAUCUUGAUUUUUCUAAAUCCGUACGGUUCACGGAUUCUUGCUUGCAUAAAAUUUGCCUGAACCUAACGAACCUGAAGUCGCUCAAUCUACGACGCUGCCGAGCACUGACGGAUCUGGGAAUCAAAGAGCUAGUAAACCUGCCGAAGCUGCAGGCUUUAGAUAUUUCCGAGUGUGAAUCAAUAACCGGGCAAGGCAUUAUCAACGGCAUAGCUUCGAAGCCUAGCUCCAUUCUGCUGGAACUGUACGUGAGCGCGUUGAAUCUAUGCGAAAGUUCGGUCAUUAAAAUUGCCGAAACGUUUCCUUCGCUGCGAGUGCUUGAUCUAAGCUAUUGCUUUCAUUCGAUUUCGGAUCUCUGUUUGCAGAUGAUAUUCAAAAAUCUAAUAUGGCUAAGGCAUCUCAACUUGGAUUAUUGUGAUAAGAUUUCAGACAGUGCCAUGACCGGUGUCGGAAUGCUGUCAAAGGUACGGGACUAUGAAGAAAAUGGUAUGACGCUGCCCAAACUAGCUAGUGCGAGCUAUCAGAAUGCCGAUGAAAUCGAACCGGUGCCAUCUGGGUCCAGUCGGGUAUUCGGGGCUGGCUCUCCGGAGGAACCGUUCAAAAUUUCGAUCCGUAGCAAAGCCGAGCAGGAAAUUGUGAACGAUGCCAUGCGCAAGCGUGCAAUGAUGGAAAUAUGUCAGCAAAAUCAACUGGUAAAAGACGAAGUCGGAAGUGGGUUUUCGAUAAACAGACUAAAAGGUUUACGAGUUUUGCGACUAUCUCAGUGCAAUAAGCUUUCCGAUAUCUCGCUGAUGUAUGCGUUCAAACUGAAUGAGCUAAAGGAGAUUAGUUUGGCUAAGUGUCAGCAAAUUUCAAUAGUAGGAAUCCGUUCCUUAGUGCAAAACUGUCCCUCGCUUGAGGUUGUUGACUUGAGCGAAUGUCAUAACAUUAACGAUAAAGCCAUAGAGCUGAUUGCAGUGCAUUUGAGACGACUGCAAACACUAUCCCUUGAUCGCUGUUUUCAGUUAUCGGACUUUAGCUUGGAUUACAUAGCAAUACACUGCAAAACAUUACGUACGCUGGACGUACGUGGUUGCAGGAAUAUGUGUGCCGAGCCAAGUCUUCGACUUGUCAACAUACCUACGCUCAGGACGGUUCACAUGAGCAAACCUGGUCCUUAUAUGGGGGAACCCGGAUAUUUCGUCAAGAAACCACCGCCCCCGCCAAUGCCAAAACGGAUUUAAUAUUUGCUGCUCCUGGACGCGGGCGGGCUGUUUGUUGUUGUUUUAGUUUUGAUUAUUUAUUUUCUAUUGUAUUGAAACCAUUAUUCGUGUUACAAUGUUUACAGAAGCCUAAAUGUUAGGUGAUUACUUUCUUCGAUAGUAGCGGCAAGCGGCAAUAUGUGUAUUAAAUAUUAAAGACCAGA